UGGGUGGGGGACCAUGGGGGGGGGCAACGGGCCCCCCCAACCCUUUCCUGGGACUCCCCCCAGGCCCUCUGUGCCUCAUCCCCCCCCGCCCCCGUUACCAGAAUUGCCUUCGUCCCCGCGGGGUCCGGGGGGGCCCCAAUUUGGGGGGGGGAGCGUGGGGACGGGGGGUUUUGUAACGUGGUUCUGUGCACUAUUAAAGAGAGAUGCAGCUGGAAUUGCUUGUCGGGAGGAGCAUCCCAACAAUGGGACUGAGACCCCCCCCUACAGCCCCUCACUAGUUAGUCAGAGGGGGGGCGACAGGGGUUUGGGAGAAAAUGACCCCAAAUGGGUUGGGGGAAGAAGAAAUAGCAGUGAUUUUGUGGGAAAAUUUCCUAAAAAGGGCUAAAGAAGUGGAAAUAAUAGUGAAUUUUGGGGGGAAACGACUCAAAAUGGAGGGCAAUAAUAGGGGUUAUUGGGUGAAAACACCCGAAUCGAAGAGAAUAAUAAGGAAUUGAUAAGAGAAUGACCAAAAUUAGGCAGCCCUCACCUCGGUUUUGGGUACAAAACCCUCACUAAGGGCAUCAGUAAUGGGGGGGAGAGACCCCGAGUGAGGGCAUUGAGACUCCCCGGAUCGUCUCGUGUUGUGGAGAGGAGCAAUAAUAGAGACUUUGGCGGGAAAUUACCUCAAAAGAGGAAUUUUCUCCCAUGUCCGUGAGGGGGUCGGGGGAGAGAGCGCUGAGGGGACGAAAAGGGCGGGAAGAGCCAGGGGUGCGGAGACCCCCAGGACCCCGUCCCUCACAGCGGGAAGAGGCGGAACGUGCCCGUGGUGGAAAAUGCUGAUUUUCCGUGAACCCUCCCCAGAACGGGCCGUUUCCCGCAGUUGCGGUGGGGUGGUGGGGGGCGAGGCCCCUCAGGCCGGGGCGGGCCGGCGCUGAGGGGACGGGAAAGGCGGGAAGCGGCGCCGCGCAGCGCGGGACGCCAGGGGGCGCUGCUCCCGCCAUGCGGCCAAUCAGCGGCAACGCUGCGGCGGGGGCGGGGCCCGCGGGAGCGGGAAGAUGGCGGCGGGCGGCGGCGGCGGCGGCGGCGGCACCGGGCCGGGCGCGGAGCGCGGCGGAGGCCCCGGGGCCCGCAGGGGCAGCGCGGGCCGGGACGCGGAGGCCGAGGUUUGGUGCCGGCGGGUGCGGGAGCUGGUGAGCGCCGUUCCCGCCAACCGGCUCUGCUUCGAAUGCGGCCAGCGCGGCGUCACCUACGUGGACAUCAGCGUGGGCAGCCUCGUGUGCACCGGCUGCUCGGGGGCGCUGCGGGGACUGAACCCCCCCCACCGCGUCAAGUCCAUCUCCAUGACAACAUUCACUGAGGCCGAGGUGCUGUUCCUGCAGGCGCAUGGCAAUGAGGCCUGCAGGCGGGUCUGGCUCGGCACCUUCAACCCCCGGACUUCACUGCUCCCCGACUCCCAUGACCCCCAGAAGGUGAAGGAGUUCCUGCAGGAGAAAUACGAGAAGAAACGAUGGUACGUGGCACCAGAGCAAGCGAAACCCCCCCAAAGCACCACAGCGGAGCCCAGGCCCCCUCAGCUCCUCCAUACGGACACAGGGACACUGCCACAGCCCCACCCAGCCACCCACCAUCCUCCUCAGCCGUCCCGAAAGGCCAGCACCGACCUCCUGGCUGACAUUGGGGGGGACCCCUUCGCCGGCCCUGCCCCAGGACCUGCCUUUGCUGCUUUCCCUGGCCCAGCCCCACCCCGGUCUGCCUUCCCCAGUUUCAAUGCCUUUGGAACCAGCCCUGGAGCACCGACAUUUGGGGGAGCUGUGCCCCCCUUCCACAUCCCACCCACCACCACAGGAGGUGUGGCUGCACAGGGCGUGACCACCCCUGUUCUGCCCACAGUGGGAGCAGCUUCUGUCAGCCUCUUCAGGACCCUCUGUGACCCCCCGGUGCUGCCCCAUGGGGGCUACACCAACCCUUUCACAGCCCCCGUGGCCCCCAGACCCUCCACCAACCCGUUCCAGAGCAACGGCCCCGGUGCCACAUUCAGCUCCCCCCCUGUUCCUGGGAGGUUCCCCAGCCCCUUCCAGACUGACGCGUUGCCUUCCGGUGGGUUCACCGUUGCCAAAGCUUCCACCAACCCCUUCGUGACGGCCCCGGCCCCGGCGGCGCCGUUCGGCAUCAGGCACCCGACCACCAACCCCUUCCUAUGACCGCAGCUGCUCGUGAGGGGCUCGGCCCGGCCCUCGCGGCACCCCCGGCUUGUCGGGGGCCCUGGCAGCGCACCGCCCCUCCUCCUCCGCCGGGACCAGGUUUUAUUUUUGUUCCGAGAGAUUUAUCGUGGUAUUUAAUAUAUAUUGGAUAGAAACGGCUUCGAUCUGAGGUGCCCCCUCCCUCAGCUCCCCUCCGGUUUCCCGGGCCCCGGCUGCCGCCCUCAGUAA